AUGAAGGGAGAAUUAUUGAUGGUGUAUUAUUGUUUAAUAAUAAUAAUUGGAGGAUUAUUAUUAGAGAAUAAAUAUGUUGAUGGAGCAUCAUCAUCAUCAAAAAAGAAAGUUAGUUGUUAUUUUGUAUUUGGAGAUUCUCAAGCAGACAAUGGAAAUAACAAUGACAUGUUGGAAAGGGAAUAUGGUAAUGCAAGAGCUGAUUAUAAGCCUUAUGGCAUUGACUUCUCUAAACAAAGCAUUCCCACUGGCAGAUUCACCAAUGGCCGCAAUGUUCCUGAUUUCAUCGCUAAAUUUUUAGGGUUUCGGGAUUACAUUCCACCAUUUAAGAUAACAAAGAGUCGGACUAUUUUGAAAGGUGUAAACUAUGCAUCUGGAGGUGCAGGAAUUCUCCGUGAAACUGGAAGAACACUGGGGCAAGUAUCAAGCAUCAAGAAGCAAUUGGAGAAUCACAAUUACACAAUUUCACAAAUGCAUGGGUUAUUGGGAAGCAAAACAAAAAUUACAAGCUAUCUUAAAAGAUGCUUAUAUACAAUUCAAAUUGGAAGCAAUGAUUACCUUAAUAAUUUUUUUAUGCCAAAACUCUACCAGACAAGUUCUCAAUAUUCUCCAAAAGCAUAUGCCAUUGCUCUAAACAAAGAACUCUCCACCCAAUUGAAGAUUCUAUAUGAUCAAGGAGCAAGAAAGGUGGCCAUAUUUGGAGUGGGAUCCAUAGGUUGUACUCCAUAUGCAAGGGCUAACUUUGAGCAUAGAGGGCUGCCAUGUGUUGACAAAAUGAACAGUGCUAUUCAACUUUUCAAUGAUGGCCUCAAGUCUCUUGUUCAACAGCUUAAUACUAACUUGCCUGCUGCUAAAUUUACUUUCAUUGAUGUCUUCAAAAUUUCCACUAUUGACCCUUCAGAUUAUGGUAAAAAGGUACUAGAUGCUCCAUGCUGUGAAGUUGAAGUAGGGGGAAUGCAAUGUGAUCCAUUUGGAAAAGUAUGUGGGAAUAGGAUGGAUUAUAUGUUUUGGGAUGGAGUUCAUCCAACUGAAAUUGGAUUUAGAUUAGUAGCAAGUAGAGCCUUUAAUGCCAAACAAGCUGGUGACACUUACCCUUUUGAUAUUAACCACCUUGUCAAACUAUAUAAAUAA